AUGAGCUCGCCGCAGAAGAUGACCGCCGCCGCAACAGAGGGUAACCUCUCUGUUGCUCAGUACCAUGAGCGCCAGCAGGCAAAGCGCGACGCCCUCGCUGCAAACGCCGCGUCGGGGACAACCCAGUCGGAGAUUGUCCUCGAAGGUUCCUCUGUAGUCAACGACGCCGUUGACAACGGGAGUGACGACGUAGAGAUGGAAGAGGGCGAGGCCUCUUCCAACAAGCGCAAGGAGUCUAUCGACAGUGAUAGUCUCGACCCGCAUGCCGGGUCGAGACGCCCUCGUGAAGGAGACGACUCGGACGCUUCAAGCUCGAAGCGUUCGCGCGGCGAGAGCGAAACUCCGCUCUCCGCUGCUGGGGCUUUAAGCUCCCCGCGUGAGGUGGCGUCUUCAAGUUCUCCGCGCACUGCUCAGGCAGCGCGCGAUCCGUGGAUGCCGUCUGCGUCAGAGAUCGCAGACCGUGUGGGCAACACCGUACCUCCAAAUGAAAUUCCGCUGUACGUAUGCAGCGGGAUCCACGAUGAUGCUGUGGCGGAGGAGCAGCACUUUGAUCCCAAAGUGCCUGAGUUGCAGGCACUUUGUCAAAGUUGGAAUGCUUUUGUUGAGAACUUCAACAAGAAGCAGGCUGCUUACCGUGAGCGCUUUGAGACAUUCUCGACGCGCGGGAGGCUGGAGCAGCUCCACAGAUCCUCUGUGGGCGCUGGUAUUCCAUGCGCUGUGCCCGAAGGCCAUCAGUGCACGUUGUGUCUUCCGGGUGCGGUGCGCUUGAGCGACCGCGACCUAAACGGGUACACGACGAUUCGUGUACCUGAGAGUCUCAAGGAUCUCCGUGCCAAGUUCUUGGCACGCGAGGAACGCGACGAUCGUGGGGCUUCGGGCACUGUAGGCGACCACAGCGCUCGCACUACCUUCGCGUCGGCAGGAUACUAUGGUUCACAAUACGCUCAACAAUCCAGCGUGUUGAGCCGCGGGCGUCGCGGAUCGGAGGCGGCGGUGGUGGGAACACGCCCCGGGUAUGGUCUACCUGGGGUUGACCUUGGCCCGACGCUCGAGGAGCGGGUCGCUGCUGUGGAACAGCAUCAGAGCCGGGAGUUCACCGCUCUGAAGCAGGAGGUGGUGAUCCUGAGGGCUCAAGUCGCUCAGGCCUCGCAGACCGCAUUGGACAUCUCUGUCGACGUGGGAGGUCGCGUCGCACGCUUGGCCCAGCGCGUUCACGCGCUGGAGCAGAGGUUCGCUCCCGCUGGGGCUUCCGCUUCGGGCCAGCCGAGCUAG